GUUAGAGGAGGGGGGGGAGCCAGGACUCCUGGGUUCUCUUCCUGCCUUUGCCACUGAUUGUCUGGGUGACUUUUGAGUCAGUCUGUUCACUGCCUUUGUGCCUCCAUUCUUCCAUCUGUAAUCUAAAUUGUGAUGCUUGUGUAUAACUGCACCUGCGAUUUGUGGAGUCCCUCGGGGAAGGGGCUGCAUCUGGGGUCGCUGGGCAGUGGGGGUUGGAGGGUGGGUCAGGGCUGCAGCCGCAUCUCUAUGCCUGACUCUGUUUCCCUUUCAGGGCUCAUCACAGCUGAGUUGCCCAUCACCGCUCGGUUCGGGGGGGACGUCACCGUGAGCUGUCUCUUCCCAUCCCAGCCUGGGAUGAACCUCCAGCGCCUGACCCUCACCUGGCAGAAGGAACAGGUGGGGGCAGAGGCCCUGGUGGUUCAUAGUUACUAUUAUGGGAAGGACCAGCUGGCGAGACAGGACGAGGCUUAUAGGAACCGGACCUGGCUGGAUCCAGAGGGGCUGGCUCGAGGGAACGCGUCCCUGACACUGAGGGGUGUCCGCAUGCGGGAUGAGGGCGUCUAUCGCUGCCACAUCACUUCCGAGUUGGGCGUCACUUCGGAGACGAGGCAGGUUACAGUGACUCAAACCGGCCACUUCCUGGCCAAGCUGACUGGGAUUGCAGGAAAUGCUGCAUGGCUGGGCGGCAGCUGGGUCCCUUUGCUGGGUCUGUGCCUGGUGCUGAUCGUACCGGUUCUCAGAUGAUAUCACUGAAACGCCCCCUGCAGACACGUCCUGGCUGCCAGCAACACCCGGGCACUGGCCCCGCCAAAGAAAGAGCUGCACUGAGACACCCCUGUGCGCGCAGACUAUAAAUGCUACAUGUGUGCGCUGGACACGAUGGGCUCAGCCUCCUGGCGACAUCUCCCGGGGGACGGGCCCAGGGCUGCUUGUCAGGAUUCCCGGGCAAUGACGUUUUUCUUUGUACAAAGCAGCUUAAUUUAACACUACGUUUAUUGUCCCUGGGUAAAAUUAGCCUCCAUAUUAACCACUGUGAUAUUCUUAUGAUUAAGGCUCUGUUUUAGUCACAGGUAUUUUUAGUAAAGGUCAUGGACAGGUCAUGGGCAAUAGACAAAAAGUCA